GCAGCAGCUCUGCGCUCGGGGACCCGCGCCCAUGCCCGUGCACAUGCCGGGCCGCCGCCAGUGACGCCGGAGAGGUGUCUCCCACGCCUGCCAGGAGUGUCUGACAAAGGUCGCAGAGAUGGCCGGGGCCUCUGUGAAGGUGGCGGUGCGCGUCCGCCCCUUCAAUUCCCGGGAAAUGAGCCGAGAAUCCAAGUGCAUCAUCCAGAUGUCCGGGAGCACCACCACCAUCGUUAACCCCAAACAGCCCAAGGAGACACCCAAGAGCUUCAGCUUUGACUACUCCUACUGGUCACAUACCUCGCCCGAAGACAUCAACUACGCCUCGCAGAAGCAGGUGUACCGGGACAUCGGCGAGGAGAUGCUGCAGCAUGCCUUCGAGGGCUACAACGUCUGCAUCUUCGCUUACGGGCAGACCGGGGCCGGCAAGUCCUACACCAUGAUGGGCAAGCAGGAGAAGGACCAGCAGGGCAUCAUCCCCCAGCUCUGCGAGGACCUGUUCUCCCGCAUCAACGAAAUGACCAAUGACAACAUGUCCUACUCCGUGGAGGUCAGCUACAUGGAGAUUUACUGCGAGCGCGUCCGUGACCUCUUGAACCCCAAGAACAAGGGCAACCUGCGCGUGAGGGAGCACCCACUGCUGGGGCCCUACGUGGAGGACCUCUCCAAACUGGCCGUCACCUCCUACAAUGACAUCCAGGACCUCAUGGACUCAGGGAACAAGGCCAGGACCGUGGCGGCCACGAACAUGAACGAGACCAGCAGCCGCUCCCACGCUGUCUUCAACAUCAUCUUCACCCAGAAGCGCCACGAUGCGGAGACCAACAUCACCACAGAGAAAGUGAGCAAAAUUAGCCUGGUGGACCUGGCUGGGAGCGAGCGGGCCGACUCCACGGGAGCCAAGGGCACGCGCCUCAAGGAGGGAGCCAACAUCAACAAGUCCUUGACCACGCUGGGGAAGGUCAUCUCUGCUCUGGCCGAAAUGGACUCUGGGCCCAACAAGAACAAGAAAAAGAAGAAGACAGAUUUCAUUCCAUACAGAGAUUCCGUGCUGACCUGGCUCCUCCGGGAAAACCUGGGCGGGAACUCGCGGACAGCGAUGGUGGCAGCCCUGAGCCCCGCAGACAUCAACUACGAUGAGACCCUGAGCACGCUGAGGUACGCUGACCGGGCCAAGCAGAUCCGCUGUAACGCCGUCAUCAACGAGGACCCCAACAACAAGCUGAUCCGCGAGCUGAAGGAUGAGGUGACCAGGCUGCGGGACCUGCUGUACGCCCAGGGUCUCGGGGACAUCACCGACAUGACCAACGCCCUGGUGGGCAUGAGCCCCUCAUCCUCGCUUUCCGCCCUGUCCAGCCGCGCGGCCUCAGUGUCCAGCCUGCACGAGCGCAUCUUGUUUGCCCCGGGCAGCGAGGAGGCCAUUGAGAGGCUGAAGGAGACGGAGAAGAUCAUAGCCGAGCUCAACGAGACCUGGGAGGAGAAGCUACGGCGGACAGAAGCCAUCCGGAUGGAGAGGGAAGCACUGCUGGCCGAGAUGGGUGUGGCCAUGAGGGAGGACGGUGGCACCCUUGGUGUGUUCUCCCCCAAAAAGACGCCGCAUCUCGUCAACCUGAAUGAGGACCCGCUGAUGUCCGAGUGCCUCCUCUACUACAUCAAGGACGGGAUCACCAGAGUGGGCCGGGAGGACGCAGAGAAGCGGCAAGACAUCGUUCUGAGCGGGCACUUCAUCAAGGAUGAGCACUGCGUCUUCCGGAGUGACUCCCGAGGGGGCAGCGAAGCUGUGGUGACCCUGGAGCCCUGUGAAGGAGCAGACACCUAUGUCAAUGGCAAGAAAGUCACGGAGCCCAGCAUCCUGCGGUCAGGAAACCGCAUCAUCAUGGGAAAGAGCCACGUAUUCCGUUUCAACCACCCUGAGCAGGCGAGGCAGGAGCGCGAGCGCACGCCCUGCGCCGAGACACCCGCUGAGCCCGUGGACUGGGCCUUUGCCCAGCGGGAGCUGCUGGAGAAGCAGGGCAUCGACAUGAAGCAGGAGAUGGAGCAGAGGCUCCAGGAGCUAGAGGACCAGUACCGCCGGGAGCGGGAGGAGGCCACCUACCUGCUGGAGCAGCAGAGGCUGGACUACGAGAGCAAGCUGGAAGCUCUACAGAAACAGAUGGACUCUAGGUACUUCCCGGAGGUGAACGAGGAGGAGGAGGAGCCGGAGGACGAAGUCCAGUGGACGGAGAGGGAGUGUGAGCUGGCGCUCUGGGCCUUCCGGAAGUGGAAGUGGUACCAGUUCACGUCCCUGCGGGACCUGCUGUGGGGCAACGCCAUCUUCCUGAAGGAGGCCAAUGCCAUCAGUGUUGAGCUCAAGAAGAAGGUCCAGUUCCAGUUUGUCCUCCUCACGGACACACUCUACUCCCCGCUGCCGCCAGACCUGCUGCCCCCAGAGGCCGCCAAAGACCGAGAGAUGCGCCCCUUCCCCCGCACCAUCGUGGCAGUGGAGGUCCAGGACCAGAAGAAUGGGGCUACCCACUACUGGACGCUGGAGAAACUCAGGCAGCGCCUGGACCUGAUGCGGGAGAUGUACGACCGGGCGGCGGAGGUGCCCUCCAGCGUCAUCGAGGACUGUGACAACGUGGUGACCGGCGGAGACCCCUUCUACGACCGUUUCCCCUGGUUCCGGCUGGUGGGCAGUUCAGUCAUCUCUGGCUGCAACAGCUACCCUCUUCUCAACACAUGCAUGAGCGAGCGCAUGGCUGCUCUCACCCCCUCCCCCACCUUCUCGAGCCCCGACUCCGACGCCACCGAGCCUGCCGAGGAGCAGAGCGUGGGGGAGGAGGAGGAGGAGGAGGAGGAGGAGGAGGAGGAGGACCUGGAGGACGACGUCUUUCCGGAGCACGCGCUGUGCGACGGCCGGGACCCGUUUUACGACCGGCCCCCCCUGUUCAGUUUAGUAGGAAGGGCCUUCGUGUACCUGAGCAACCUGCUGUAUCCUGUGCCCCUGGUGCACCGCGUGGCCAUCGUCAGCGAGAAGGGCGAAGUGAAGGGCUUCCUCCGCGUGGCUGUCCAGGCCAUCUCAGCUGAUGAAGAGGCCCCUGAUUACGGCUCCGGCGUCCGCCAGUCGGGAACCGCCAAAAUCUCCUUUGACGACCAGCAUUUCGAAAAGAGUCAACGGAGGCCACGACAGCAUGGGAAACUAAGGCUGAGGGAGUUCCAGUCGGAGUCCUGCCCCGUGGUGGCAAUGUCCCGCUCUGGGACCUCCCAGGAAGAGCUCCGUAUCGUGGAAGGCCAGGGCCAGGGCGCAGACGCAGGGCCCUCAGCCGACGAGGUCAACAACAACACCUGCUCAGCAGCUGUACCUACAGAAGGCCUCCUCCUAGACAGCCCCGAGAAAGCUGGCCUGGACGGGCCCCUGGACGCCACUCUGGACCACCUCCGCCUCGGCAGCACCUUCACCUUCCGCGUGACCGUCUUGCAGGCUUCCAGCAUCUCUGCCGAAUAUGCUGACAUCUUCUGCCAGUUCAACUUCAUCCAUCGCCAUGACGAGGCCUUCUCUACAGAGCCCCUGAAGAACACGGGGAGGGGCCCACCACUCGGCUUCUACCAUGUCCAAAAUAUCGCAGUGGAGGUGACCAAGUCCUUCAUCGAGUACAUCAAGAGCCAGCCCAUUGUGUUCGAGGUCUUCGGCCACUACCAGCAGCACCCAUUCCCACCCCUCUGCAAGGAUGUGCUCAGCCCCCUGAGGCCUUCGCGCCGCCAUUUCCCACGUGUCAUGCCACUGUCCAAGCCAGUGCCUGCCACCAAGCUCAGCACGCUGACUCGGCCCUGCCCGGGGCCCUGCCAUUGCAAGUAUGACCUGCUGGUCUACUUCGAGAUCUGCGAGCUGGAGGCCAACGGCGAUUACAUCCCUGCAGUGGUGGACCACCGUGGAGGAAUGCCAUGCAUGGGGACCUUUCUGCUCCACCAGGGCAUCCAGAGACGGAUAACUGUGACACUGCUGCACGAGACAGGCAGCCACAUCCGCUGGAAGGAAGUGCGUGAGCUGGUCGUGGGUCGCAUCCGAAACACUCCAGAAACCGAUGAGUCCCUGAUCGACCCCAACAUCUUGUCUCUCAACAUCCUCUCAUCUGGAUACAUCCACCCGGCCCAGGACGACCGGCAGUUUCUUGAUUCGGACAUGCCUAGGACCUUUUACCAGUUUGAGGCUGCGUGGGACAGCUCCAUGCACAACUCUCUCCUGCUGAACCGGGUCACCCCCUACCGAGAGAAAAUCUACAUGACCCUCUCUGCUUACAUCGAGAUGGAGAACUGCACCCAGCCGGCGGUCAUCACCAAGGACUUCUGCAUGGUCUUCUACUCCCGCGACGCCAAGCUGCCGGCCUCGCGCUCCAUCCGCAACCUGUUUGGCAGUGGGAGCCUGCGGGCCUCAGAGAGCAACCGCGUGACAGGCGUGUACGAGCUUAGUCUGUGCCACGUGGCCGAUGCGGGCAGCCCAGGGAUGCAGCGGCGGCGCCGGCGAGUGCUGGAUACGUCUGUGGCCUAUGUCCGGGGCGAGGAGAACCUGGCAGGCUGGAGGCCCCGGAGUGACAGCCUCAUCCUGGACCACCAGUGGGAGCUGGAGAAGCUGAGUCUCCUGCAGGAGGUCGAGAAGACCAGGCACUAUCUGCUGCUGCGGGAGAAGCUGGAGACCACCCAGCGGCCUGGCCCUGAGGCGCUGUCCCCGGUCUCCAGUGAGGACUCGGAGGCCCACAGCUCGUCCAGCGCCUCCUCCCCACUCUCCGUUGAGGGCCGGCCAUCGCCCCUGGAGGCUCCCAACGAGAGGCAGCGGGAGCUGGCUGUCAAGUGCUUACGCCUCCUCACGCACACGUUCAACAGAGAGUACAUCCACAGCCACGUCUGCAUCAGCGCCAGCGAGAGCAAGCUCUCCGAGAUGUCUGUCACCCUGCUGCGGGACCCAUCCAUGUCCCCUCUGGGGGCGGCCACGCUCACCCCCUCCUCCACCUGCCCCUCUCUGGUCGAAGGGCGAUACGGAGCCGCUGACCUGAGGACCCCACAGCCCUGCUCACGGCCAGCCAGCCCAGAGCCUGAGCCUGUGCCGGAGGCGGAUUCAAAGAAGCCCCCCUCCCCUGCUCCGGCAUCAGAGGUCGACAAGGAGCCGCAGCGCCUGCUGGUUCCCGACAUCCAGGAGAUCCGGGUCAGCCCGAUCGUCUCCAAGAAAGGGUACCUGCACUUCCUGGAGCCGCACACGGCCGGCUGGGCCAAGCGCUUUGUGGUGGUGCGGCGGCCGUACGCCUACAUGUACAACAGCGACAAGGACGCCGUGGAGAGGUUUGUGCUCAACCUCGCCACUGCCCAGGUGGAGUACAGCGAGGACCAGCAGGCCAUGCUCAAGACGCCCAACACGUUCGCGGUGUGCACGGAGCACCGUGGCAUCCUGCUGCAGGCCAACAGCGACAAGGACAUGCACGACUGGCUGUACGCCUUCAACCCCCUCCUGGCCGGGACCAUCCGCUCCAAGCUCUCCCGAAGGAGGUCUGCCCAGAUGAGGGUCUGAGCUGAAGCCCCCCCGACAGCCAGCAGGCCCGGCCCCACUCCCCAGUCCUCGUCUCCAUCCAUCAUGUCACCCGCCGCCCAGCCCUGCCUCCACCAGACAGCCGACGAGCCCCUCCUCCUGGGCACGCGGGGCUGGGCCAGGGGACCUGCAGCACAUGACCUGUUGCGCUCCCGCAGAGCCACGUUUGUCGUUUCUUCUUUGAGAACAUUCCCUGGGGGGAGAGCUGGGCGACGCUAGCGAGGCCAGAGGGCACAAGUCACAGGGGCGUCGCUGUGUUCUAAUAUUUUUUUAAGCAUAGACAGACUUAUAAUUAAUAUACAUUAGUUAGUGACAUUGAAACAGCCCACUCAGAAAUUAACUAUAAGACUGUGUUCUAUUUAUAAGUAUUUAUUUCUAAUGCCUUCACAUAGACCUGUAGGAUUCAGAUGGACCCCACCCCUGUUUGUUCCCACAUGCCUCUCCAAGCCUAUUAGGACAGACAGGGAGGGGGUGCAGCCGCCACGGAAGACCACUGUGAGGAGGGAUCAGGACAGGCCAGGCUUCUCCCCAGCUGCGCGUGGGGCAGGCCCUCAUCCCAGAGUGUGUGUGUGCCGGGGCAGGGGGGAUCUGAUGCCUGAAGUCUGAGCAGCACAGAAGGUGGCGUGUGUUACUUCUAGCAGGAGGCAGAAUCCACAUCUCACCUGGACAGCCCCCACCUGAGAUGUGACUCUACGGGCAAUGCCGGCAGCUUCUCCCUGGAGCGUGUGGAGAGGACACAGACGGGCGCCUGGGCUGUCUGGGGCUGUCCUGGCGGGGACAGGGAGGGAGAAGGGUCAGGAUCCCACCGGGUUGUGUCAUGUGUCCAGGCCGGCAGGACGUGGGUGUCUGGGUUUAGAGGUGGUCCAGGGUGAUAGUCCAGUCAGCGAGGGGCUUGUGGCGCAGCUUCUCCAGCUGCUGUGAGAAAUGGGGUGAGCUCAGGGUCACUCCUGGGGAGAAAAUCUGUGGCUUCCUCUCUUCGUCCCCAAAGAAGAGAGUUUCUGUGAGUCCCAGCGAGAAGAUUCCGAGGGGUCAGGUGAGGGCGGCCAGUGUUGGGGUCAUCCAUCAUCAGGGGACUUUCCCCUUCUGCAUGUGAGGCUGUUGCCCUUGUCUUGUUCCGACCUCUUGUUACAACAUCCAUUUCGAUUCACCUGCAGACCCCAUGCCUGAAGCUUGCCAGGACAGGAUAGGAGUGAGCCCCAGGCUGAGAGUCUGGUCAUGUGUCACCCAGGCCAUAAACCUGUCAGAGAAACCACGGGCCUGAGGGGUCUUCAGGGACCCGUUCCCACACCCAAAGGCACAUUUGGCCUCUUUUUAGCUCUAGGAAAAACAGCAACCAAGCCACAAAACCCCUGUCCCCACCAUGGCCCACCAAAAGCGGGUUUCACAUGGGGUCUGGGCAUUCCAGGACCAGGAUCACGCCCAGGUUUGCUUGGUCCACGCCAUUCUCUGGUGCCUUCCACCUCCCUUGCUAGACCUUGCUGGGUGUUGCUCACUGACCCCUCACCUUUCCACUUGGUUUGGACGACCCUAACACACUCAGGUGUCAGUGGUUCUGAGACCCCCCUUUAUCCCAGGCUGUCCCCACCUGGCACUGACAUGACACGUGGGCAUUCUCCCAGUUCCAUGCACUGAGACCAGAAGUGCCUGCAGUGUCUCUCCCCUGGGGAUGUAUGGUGUUGGCUCCCAUACAAGUAAGAAGGUUCCAGUUCGAGGUUUUCCUUUGGGAAAGUUGUUCAGGCCCCAUAAGCUUCGCCUCAGACGUGCGACCCGGGAUGAUGGGCUCAGGCCCGGUGGGGAGUUGAGACUGAGCGUGCCUUUUCGAACCUGGCUCAGGGGCAGCGUGGCAGUGGCUGCCUUCGCUCCCUGCUGCCGUCAUCCCCAGUGCCUGGGAGGUGCUAAUGGUGGAGCAGCUCCCUCAGUAAGAGUCAGGUCCUGAGAAAGCGCGUCUGUGAACGCAGGGCUCAGCAGCUUAUGUGGAGGUCCUCAGAUGAGGGUUCCUAUCCUGGGCUGACAUCAAACAUUGUCCAGAAACCACGAGGCCCGUACUCCCCUCCAGACGUUCCUGGAGGUAUCGGACUGAGAUGCAGAGAGCAGAGGUGACAGCACAGUCUGGAACCAGCACUUACUCUGGCUUUUAGGACGGUCUUGAGGGCAAGGAGGAGAAACAGGGACGGGGUGAGUUGUUCUAAGAUGAGUCGGGUCCCCGAGAGCCCCCCUCACUGCAGGGAGAUUGGAGGUGCGGGGCCCAGGCCGCAGCCCACUCAGGUCAACCAGCCUGAAGCUGCGGCCUCGGAAGGGUCUGAGGCCCCCCCACCAGGGCGCAGGUGUCUGGGGCCAGCCAACCUGCAGAGCACCUGCUGCGCGGGACGGGGCUGAGGGGAGGGGCCCACGCGAGGGUUUCCCAAAAUGGCCCCCAAGUUCAGGAGCCUCCAUGCCCGUGGAGGUGCCCCAGGGACUGUUUCAUUUUGACCUGGUGCUGUCUUGGCCUUGACUAGGAGCCAGGUGUGUGCUACCUGAUGGCCCUAUCCCCACUGUCGCUUCCUCCUUUCAGACCUGCUCCAGUGGGAGGUCCUGGGUUGGAGUCCAGAAACCCGGAGUUUCUGGGGAGAGAAAUCCAUCUGUGAGUCAGGAAACGCUCAUGCCCAAAACUACCCACGGGUCACACAAGCCGGGGACAAGUUACUUAACAAACUGCCACUCGGUCUUCACAUCUAUGACAUGACGGGCUGAUCUGGAGGGCCACUGAGGGCCCUCACAUCGUGGGGUGCAGGGAGGAAAGUCAGAUCUGGCUGUGGCUGCUGUUUCCCACUUAAUGGGGAAGGAGAGAAAGAUCUAGAAAGCCUCUUUCAGAUGGUUUUUUUUUUAAAGUUUGAUGCUGCUCAGGCUGCAGCCUUAUUUGGUUUGAGGGAUGGCCAUCCUCGCCUGGGGAGGGCUCUCUGUCCCCUCCAAGGGAGGGUGAGCUCCUUCUGCUGGGACCCCAGAGAGAGGCCCAGGGAGGGGAUGCUGGGUUCCAGGCCAACUGGCAGUGAGCUCCAGCGGGACCCGGCGGGUGCACAGGGGUGAGUGUUGAUGCUCUCGUAAGGUCCCCAGGCCUCCCCGCCCUGAGUAAUCACUUAUAAGACAUCAAGGUUUGACUCACUGACACGCACAGGCGCACAUGCACGCACACAAACAUGCACACACACACACACCCAGGGUGACUGCGGUGAGGUGGUCUCCCCUCAAUCCUGAUCCCCCCUCAGCACCUCUGGGGCAGGUGUGGCAAAGGGCUUGGUGAGGGUCCCUGAAUGUCACUGAUGGUGCAGGCGCGAGCGUGAUUGCCGCACUGGUCCUCCGUCAGCCCCCCUGCGUGGGACUCCGGGAGGCGCCCUCCUUUAUUCCUGAGAUGGGGCAAGCAUUCCCCCAGGAUCGACAGAGGCUGUGGCUUCUUCCCGGGCCUGUGCUUGCUGUAGCUAGUGGUCCCCUGAGUUCCCUUGUGGCUUGUACAUACGUGGUUGUGUGGCACACUCCGGCCCCUGCACUGUAACCGCCAUCCUGAGGUAAUGACUCUAGUUCCCUGACGUCCUAAACCCGAAUGUUAGGCUCUAGGCUCCUGUACUGUGUGUGUGCACUUAAGGCUCUGUCCAAUUAAGAAUAAAUGUGGCUCCUCAUGCAACA